AUGUCACGUCAUUCGAGUCACGAACGAAUAGUAACAGUAGCCGGCAGUGCUGAAGUCCUGGAAUGCAUAAAGGAAGUACAGCCUUCCCCUAUUUCCUCAUCAAUUAUAAAAGACUCAUCAAUUCCAAAGACUGAAGAACUAGAAGAUGAUGUGAAAGAAAAAGUUAUAUGUCCAUGUAAAGCUGUAAUAGACGCAGAGAUUGAACUAAAACAUUCAGAAGAAAUCGAAAGAUUGUUAAAAGAGAAAGAAAUAGAAAUGGAAGAAAAAUUCAAAAACCGCAUGGAACAUGAGAUGGAAUAUUUAAAAGAUAGAUUCGAAUUGAUUUUGCAUAAUGAACAAGUCCGUGCAUCCUAUAUGCUAAGAGAAGCUCAUAGAGAACGCCAAGAAAAGAUAUCAGCGCUCCAAAAUCAAUUAGAAUGUAAGAACUUAGCUGGUCUUAUGUACGUUAUGUGUUCGGAGAGACGGAAAAAUAAGAUGGAGAUGAUGAAAAUAUGUGAAGAAUACACAAGCUACAUAGAAUCUCUACAAAAGCUUCUAACAGAGAGUCAGGCAUUGAUUUUACAUCUGUCCAGAGGCUAUAAAACUGCGGCGAGAGUUGAUAACGAAUGGCGAGAGAAAAUGAAGAAAAUCCUUAAACACUACCAAAACUUUGUGAACAAUUUUAUCGGGGGUACUCCAGAAACAAAUCAAUAUUUAUUUGAUAUAACAAAUUUGCUCAAAACUGAGGCACCUGUGAAGGAUAACCCUGUAGAAGAUCCAUGUGAUAAUGAAAAUGAAUUACCAACGAAAGAAGAGCCCGAAACUGAAAAGCCGUGGUGCAAGAGGUUAGAGGGUGACCAUCCUUUUAUAAUGUUCGGGGACAUGUCCGACUUCAAACCUCCACAAAGAAGGGAAAUCAUAAAAGCUGUGAAAGCUGCCAAGACCGCGCCUAAGAAAUGGAAAGAAUAUGCUUUCAACAACAUGUGGCUAAAAUCCACGUGUCCCAAUGCGGAUACAAUGAAGCGAGAAUAUUUCAAAAUAAAGCCAGACCCGGAUAAAUGGGAGUGCACCAUACAGACGGACAGACAGGCGUUUUCACGAGGAUCGGACACAAGUCGCCGGGUGACCACAGCAUCAGUGGACAUCCGAGGAAAUAUGGGGUCCCUUUUGAAAAUGAUAACAUCUAGUGCAUAUCGACCAGCACCUACUCCGACAUUGCUUGGAGCAAGAGAUUCUAUGGAAAUUGCAUCUACUACUAAAUUGGAUUCCUUAUUUCAAGAGAUGCGGGCGGAUAUGGAAGAAGAAGUAGAGGAAACUGAAGAGCCAGAAGUGGAAUGUAGAGAAACUAAAUCCAAACUGGACGAUGAAGAAGUUGGAAAUGAUUUGAUGUCAGCACUUGGAAGUAUUCAUAACGACAGCCUCCAAGUCAUUCCCUCACACGUGCCUGACCACGAUCACAACAUAAAUAAUGAAAAGAUAUGUCCGAUGGAGAAAUGUCAGAAAUUACAAGUAGAUUCGUUCAUGCGGUCUCUCCCCGCGUACAUGAGGGAAAGUCCCUUCGCGCACUUCGAACUAGGCUAUGACGAAUAUAAGGCUUGUUCUCCAGAACAACUGGAAAUUCUUAAAAAAAGAAUAGAAGAGAAGAAAAAGAGAGAAAGAGAUAUGGAUGUAAAAGAACAAAAUCCGUUACUAUCUUGGACGCCAAGUUUAGAAGGCGUUGGUAUUCAAACAUCAGAUAUGUCGGUAUCACUACCACCAUGCACCUGCCAAGCUCCGUGUCCCAGCCCAGUGUCUAGCAUUCAGAAAGUAUAUACGGUGGCUGAUUUGAUUCCUGUAAAACAAAAAGUGGAUGAAAUUAAAGCAAAAUGUUUCUUCGAUGACUCUAUUGAAUUUAAUCGAUUCAAAGUUAUUGGACAAGACGAAAGUGUCAUCAAUUUGUUAGUAAUAUUAUUAUUAUUAAGCAUAUUUUUUAAUGUCCAAGCUUGUUUGAGAGCUUUACUUCUUUUGAUGUCUUUAAAAGUUAUUCCCAUGGAG